UCUUGUCAAUUUUGCCGCCGGCCUCAAAACUGUUAACAACAACCACAUCGCUUGAGCGCUGCUGUUAUUGUUUUUGUUUUCAUGGACGUGGCGUGCUCGUAACUUCUUCACCGCUAGCUGAACUCCGCUUCGCUCAGCGCCACCUCAUGCCGCGCUACACUUGUGCACUGCUGCAGCCAUCAAACGCUCCGCUCGGCUUAAUUCAGUUCAUUUCAGUUUUGUCGUAGCCAUACGUUCACGCUACCGUCAGUUGAAUUUCUACCCGCAAAGCGUUCGCGUGUUGAAAAGCGGUGCAUAGCGACGACGGUUCGGCGAACAGUUAAUACAUUAUCGUUACUUUCGUCUGGCGUUUGCUUCGGGCAGGCAGGCAUUGGCAGAUACGAAAUCGAACACAUAGCUCACUAUUUGACAUUUCGGCAAUUGUCCGUCCGUCAAUGCCAAGGCGGGCGUAGAAGAGUUGACCGAAUUUCGCUUACGUUUUCGCAUAAUUUUGAUUCAAUUACGCCGCGCGGUGUUAUUGUUUUCGCUGUUGUUUUGCGAAAGCCUAAAGUGACCCUGUGGUGGCAUUGUCGCUUGCGCGUCAGUGAAACUCGUUGAAGUGAUCAGAAUUCCAAAAAGGAAUUGCGGAGAGCAGAGCAGUAAAUUGUAUAAUUUCUCAAACGUGAAUGCGAAGUGAAAUGCGAAAGUGGAUUGAGCAAAAUUGUGAAAAAGUCGAAACAUUGUUCGAAAACAUAUCUGAAAUACGUGUAAACUGAAGAGAUCGCGGCAAAAAGUGAAAACAAAAAUUCUCCGGGGUUUUUCUUCAACGCCAAGAAUUUGCUGAAUAAACAGUUGUUGUUGGAAUUGUAAAGUCACCAGCAAAUUUCGCAGUAAACAGCUACAAGACGCGGUUGAGUAAUAAAAACAUACAGCUGGGAAUUUCGAAAAUAAUUCAGAUUCCAGAACUUCAUUCAACAUCGACAGUGUAAUGCAAUAAUACAGUGUAAUAAAAUGUUUAACUCGCGAUGGAGUGACAACUUGCGGUAACUCAAUUAAAGUUCAGAUAUUUUUAAGAGAAAACAGAAGAUAAUUUGUGUAGCGGUGAAAUAAAGAAGUGAAGUGAGAACAACGAACGUGAAGCGAGACAGUUCCGCCGUGUUUGUGCGCGUGAAUGUGACAAUGUCUUUGUGCGCUUACCCGCAAGUCCGCAUUUACGAAGAUUUCGAUAAAAUGAGCGCCAAAGAGGUGUACUACAACGAAGCCGGCAACAAGGUCACCGUCAAGCUGCUGCACUUCCCUGAUGUGCCGCCCGAGGAGGUGGACAAUAUGAAGUUCGACGACGACGCCGAUUACGCUGAAGAAGCAGUCGAGGCAGUCGAGAUGGCACACACCAAUUGCAAGCAGUGCUGCGUGCAUCGAGACAGCGAUGGCGUUGACUCGUCUUUGAUGAAUGGAAUACCACACAUGAAAUGUGCGAAAACUGAUGCGGAAGAUGACGAUCCUGAGGAGGAGGAAGAUAAUGAUCCCGAAGAGGAUGAGGCCGAUGGCGAUGAGACCGCCGAACGUGAGGCUGAUGAGCUGUCACGUCCACACUCACCGGCACUGCCGAUGCCCGCGCAUUCACACCCGCAUCACUUGCACCAGCAUAGCCACUCCGUGCCAAGUAAGAAGAUCUUUCGCAAGAAGUCCACUGGCAGUCAGGCGCACACGCGCAAGUGCAGUAUCGCCUUUGCACAGGCACAUGGUCUACCGGUCAGUGCGCCACCCACCAUAAUGGUGCCACCACGCGCGCCGGCGACCAAUGAACUCAGCGGCUGUGCGAUGCGCCGCCACUUGCAACUGCAACGUCGUUCGCCAUCACCACAGCAGAACUUGUGCCCUGGCUAUACGCAGUACUCCAAAUCGUUCCUGGAAGUUCCGCUGCCACGUGACUAUGGCUAUGCGUCUAGCGACGAUUUAAGCUCCGAGUGGGACUCGGAUGUGCCAUCGAUAUCAGGGAGUCGCGGCCAGACGCAAACGAAAAAGCCUUCUGGUUGGCGCAAGCUACGCAAUAUUGUGCAAUGGACGCCAUUUUUUCAAACCUACAAGAAGCAGCGCUAUCCCUGGGUCCAACUGGCCGGUCAUCAAGGCAAUUUCAAGGCCGGUCCCGAACAGGGCACCGUCCUCAAGAAGCUCUGUCCAAAGGAGGAGGACUGCUUUCGUGUGCUCAUGAAGGAUGUACUGCGCCCCUAUGUACCGGAAUAUAAGGGGCAGGUGACCAGCGAGGAUGGCGAAUGUAAGUGCAUAUACUUGCAGCUGCAGGACUUGCUGAGCGAUUUCAAUCAGCCCUGUGUCAUGGACUGCAAGGUCGGUGUGCGCACCUAUCUAGAAGAAGAGCUCUCCAAAGCCAAGGAGAAGCCGAAGCUUCGCAAGGAUAUGUAUGAGAAGAUGAUACAGAUCGAUCCGGAUGCACCCAGUGAAGAGGAGCACAAGGCGAAGGGUGUGACCAAGCCGCGCUAUAUGGUAUGGCGCGAGACUAUCUCAAGCACAGCCACAUUGGGAUUCCGUAUUGAGGGCAUUAAGAAGAGCGACGGCACCAGUACCAAGGAUUUCAAGACCACGAAGUCCCGUCAGCAAAUCAAGCAAGCCUUUCGCGAGUUCGUCAAUGGUUUUCAACAUGCUAUGCCCCGUUACAUACAACGUCUGCAGGCGAUUCGUGCCACACUCGAAUGCUCUGACUUCUUUCGCACACACGAAGUUAUCGGCAGUUCGCUGCUGUUCGUGCACGACCACUACCACGCUAGCGUGUGGCUCAUUGACUUCGCCAAAACCGUCGGCCUGCCUGAGAACCAACAGAUCGACCACAGCAGCACCUGGACGGUGGGCAACCACGAGGACGGCUACCUAAUUGGCAUCAACAAUUUAAUUGAGAUUUUCACCGAACUCGACGCGGAAAUGGCGGCCGAGACGUCGCUAACACCAUCGUCGGCCUCAUCGUCGGCUUCGUUGUCGCCGAAGCGCAAUUUGAGCGAAUCGAAUAUCGACGACUCCGCGUCCGGCAGCACGAUGCGCGCAGGCGAAGUAGUUCUGGAGGUAAUCAAGCCAGCAAAGAUCGCAGCAGUCGUUGACAAUCAGCCGAAGCUCGUUGCCGACGAAGCCGGUCCAACGGCCGAGCAGCCAUCUGGCAGCCUGUGCACCGAUGCAAAGGCAAUGGAGGGGAAAGAGUAUGCGGAUGACGCACAGGAGCCGCGUUGAGUCAGCGGACUUCGUGCUGCUGCUGCAUGCCAUUCGGAUGCUCUGCAGAUUUGUAUGAAGAACCGAGUUCCGCCCGAUGGCUUCACCCUAACCAUUCAGUAGGACACUUGGAAUUCCAUGGAUCAUGGAUUGUAGAUCGUGGAAGAUAAUGAAAUCAUAGUUUUUAGCUGGAAAUUGAAUUACUCGUAAGCACGCAAGACUGAACACAUAGUAAUUUAUUGAGUUACAUACAUACAUACAAACAUGUAUUUUAUAUGAGCCUACACACACACACAUACGAGUACAUAUGUAUAAACCUAUGUACUAAGCCCUAAGUAAAUAAGAAUAUCAAAUUAAAAAAAAAACAAUCUUAAGCUAACUGCAAUCACGUAAAUAUUAAGAAAUAAUUAAAUUUGCAUGUAAAGCAAAUGUAAACGAGGAUAACAACAACAACGACCGACGGACACAGCAUUCAUUCUGGUGAAAGCCUCGGAGAUGUUGCAACUUCGAUCGUAAAUAAUUAGAGAUAGUGAAUUAGUUAAGUUUAAUGGUACAAGCAACAAAUACUUCAAGCGACUUGAAGUGGCACAAUGCGUUGCGGUAAUUAUAUAACUGUAUUAUCAUAUCCUGCUAGCAACAAAUUAAUGCAACGCAUAACGCUCGAACACUCAAAACGAUUAUUGUUUCUGUUUAAUUUUUCAAUUUUUUUGUUUUGAAAUGUCAUCAUUACUCACAUCAAUACAUACACACACAUUUAUGUACGCACACAAUCACUAUAGUUUUGUGUUAGGAAAUAAUUGUAAAACUUUUUAACGAGGCAAUAAAUUUCAAUAAAACAUUUGCGAAAUAAUGCA